GGUGUAUGGUGUAGUGGGCCUCUUCUCUAAUAUUUUUUUCUCUCUCCUCUCUCUCUCGAUCGCAGAAGAAUCUCUUAUCUUCUCACAGGACUGCUCCUUUCCUUUACCCGGUCCUCUUUCUCGCACUUUAUAUAUCUUUGGUAUCACGCCAUUGUCUUCUAAGGUGCCAUGCAACGCAGAUGGAUCUUACUUCCUCAGUAAUUUCUUGUUAAAUCAGCAAGAAUUUUUCGUUCCAUAUCGAUCUUUCUCGAUUCUUUUCGCCGGAAUUGAGAUGGGUUCAUUACAAGGACCGGUUAUUUGCCCUGCCGUCCGUGCAAAACAAAAUGGAAUUUUCACCCCAUCUAUUAACGAAACCUUAAUGAAGGCCAAAAAUCUUAGAAGUGGAUUCUGGGGACUCAAAGGGAUCAAUGGCCGUGGGACUAAUAUGGGUCAUCAAGCACGUUUGCAGAAGGGCAUGACGGUGCGGGGUAGUUUCAGUUCAUCAUCAAAUGGUAAUGAUAGCAUGGCAGAAAAUUUCAGUGAGAAUGAUGCUGAUUAUGUGAAUUCAAGUGUGGUCGAAGCUGUUGAGGUGAAGAGUGGUGCAGAAGGUUUCAUGAUUAAAAUGAGAGAUGGCAGACAUUUACGAUGCAUCCAUAACAACCCUCAGGGUGGAAAUCUGCCUGAUUAUGCUCCACAUCCUGCAAUUGUACUAAAGAUCGAAGAUGGGACUGGUCUUCUCCUCCCCAUUAUUGUUUUGGAGAUGCCAAGUGCGUUGCUAUUGGCAGCUGUGCGCAAUGUCCAAAUUGCUAGGCCCACUAUGUAUCAAGUGGUGAAAGAAAUGAUUGAGAAGAUGGGAUAUGUUGUGAAACUUGUUAGAGUCACCAAGAGAGUAAAUGAGGCCUAUUUUGCUCAGUUAUACCUCAUGAAGCCGGGUGAUGAAAAAGAGUGUGUCAGCUUUGACCUUCGACCUUCAGAUGCCAUCAAUAUUGCAGUGAGAUGCAAGAGAGGGAAUGCUCUCUAUUGGACAAAGAACACAUACAUCUGGAAUAUAUGACUAUGAGGAAGGCAGCGGCUGCUAUUGAGGUUCUAUUCCAUUUGUGCCUAGAAUCUUUUUGGCAUAUUCAUAGAUGAGUUUAAAUGCAUUGCGAAUGAAGAGAAAAAGAGAUAAAACUCUUGGUUUACUUACAAACUUAAUUGUUUUCUCUCUAUUCUGUCGUUGGUUACUGGGUAAUAGUACCUUGACUGUUGAAGUUGGUGGACUGCUCCCUCUUUCCAGUUCUUGCCAACGAUGAUGGGAGUCAUAUUGAUUUCAAUUCAUGAUUUCAAAGUUUUAUCUGGAAUUGGACUAUAUAUGACACAUGUUUGAGAAAUUGGGAAUUUCUGUGAUUUUCCAGAGGUUUAUAUUGAUAAAGAUAGGAGAUGGAAGAGUGAUUUUGUACUGAGGAAUGGACUUGCAUGGUUUUCAUUUUUUGGACUUACUCCAAAUCACACAACAAUUCCUUCUCUUCCCACAUACAUUGGACUUGACUUUUGACGGUACAGUCAGGAUAAUGAUAAAAAAGCCAUUACCAUCUGGCAGUGGGAAGUGGCUGGUUAUGUUAAGCUAGCAAGUGGUUGGCUGGCUUGCUGCUGUGUUUUCUGUAGCAUUUGUUUACUAUUAAGGAUGUAGUUUAUCCAAUAUUUUGAAUCUCUGCAGGAGUUGAACUAUGUGUUACGCUGCUUAUUGAUGGUUUUUCUGAAUAUUAAAUCUUACUUUUGUUAUUUUCAUAAUUUUGUAGGUGCCAAUACAAGUCAACAGAUACUUGGCAUAUGGUGAUGGAAUGCGAGUGAUUGAAUCUGCAAGGCCUUCAUUGCAGGGAUCAUCUUCAGAUGGCUUACUUUUCACAGAACUAGAUCGACCCAGUGGCCAGCCAUGCAUUGAGACAGAAGAGUUUGAUCUUGUGCGCAACAUGCUGAUUGCUGUGGUUGAGGAACGCUAUAAGGAUGCAGGUAUGUUUUGUUCCCUUCUUUUUUGGUUUGUAUUAUAGCUUUGAUGGAUGCAAAAUGGGCCAAUUUUUUGGCGCAUGGAGAGGACAUCCCCAACCCAACCAAAACAGGGAUAAGAGACUCUUUUUCUGUCUCUGUGGGCUUCUUCUAGAAAACAGCGAAUGUGAUUUAGAGCACCUACCACAAAAGAGGAAAUAAGGAUCUGGUAAUGUAAAAUGCAAAUGAAGGCACAACCCUGAGAUAUUAGCAAACAACUUGUCUUAUUCCAAUCAAUUGGGCGGAGCUGUGAUAUGCUUAAAUGACAGUACCCUCUCUCUCUCUAUCUCUCAAAAUUGACCAUAUUACUUCUUUUCACUCUUAAUGGGGAUUGAAGCUGUUUUUUCUGCUCAGUAUUCCCAACGUUUACCUAUAAUGUAGGGCACCAGUUGGAUAUCCCAGCACCCAAUGUCUCUGCCCUAUUAUGUUUGGGCCUUUUUUCCUAGUUUCUUAGAUGCUUUUCCGAAAUCCAGAACUCACCAUUUUGUUGUCUUGUGUAAUUUAUCUUCCUCAUGGAUAUUAAACCUUUUGAUACCUCAUCAUUCUGAUAAUCUAUUACAGCUCAGUGGAGGGACAAACUUACUCAAUUUCGUUCCAAGAGGAAUUGGACAUAGCAGAUUUAAGAUGUUUCAGGAGGAUGAAAUCUGUAAAUAGAAACCAUUGGUUGAAGUUGUCAUUGUCAGCUUUCCCAUGUAAUUAACUAAUCAUGACUCUUCCAUUAAAUAUGUAUGUAUAACUUGUGAAUUAUAUAUGUGUAUGAAUGAUAUCUCAAAUGUAAUAUGGAAUCAUGUGGGAACUUCUGAUUUCUGCUAAAUAGAAACUAUUGGUUGAAGCUGUCAUUGUCAGCUUUCCCAUGU